AUGAAAUUCCACGUUUACUUUACAUGGUCUUUGCCUUAUAAAUACCUUUCUUCUCAACAUUCUUGACCAUCUUCAGAUUCAAUCCUUUCUUUUCACCCACUUCCAUAAUAUCAGAGUAAAUUUUCAAUGGCUGAUAUUGCUCUUUUGGUUGCUGAGGAGUAUGAAAGGAGAGUCAAGAAUUCAAGAAAGUCAUCUGCAGAUUCAGAUUCAGAUUCAGCCAUGAAAGUUGUUAACUGGGUUUCUUGUGUUUCUUUCCUGUCUCAGAGUGUUAAGAAUAAGGUUACGCAGCAGAAUAUUGAAUUCGCCAAAUGGGUUUUGGAGCCUAAGACCCAAAUUGGUCUUGCAGCUUCUAAUGGAUUCUUCUCUGCCUGAGUUUUUCCGCAUCUUGAUUUUCAUAUUUUUUGCUUGUAAUUGUGUAUAAAUUCCAUGUUCCCUUGUUGUAAUAUCUUGAAUAUACAUAAAAAGAAAAAUAAAUAAAACAGUAAUUUGGGCAUAA